UUGGGUUACUGUACGUAAGUCAGAAGUUUGGCGGAAAAACUUACUUGAACCACAAAAAUGAACAUUUUUCUAACUUAAAAACUACAGUAACCCGAAUAAUUUUGAACAAAAAUUUGGAAUUUUUUGUGGAUAAAAUAAAAACGUGCACGUGAAAUUUUUUUCAAAUCCAAAAUUUCCUCCAGAAUUUUCUAAUCAUUCCUAAAUAUAAUAUUUUUGAAAAUGUCGGAAAACAGAAAAAGAGAAGAAAAAAUCAGAUGAGUGAGUUUUCCCUAAUUAAAAAAAUAAUCUGAAAAACAAUUUCAGUUCAUCAAAACGUCCAAGAAAGCGACUCAGCGUUGUGAGUUUUAUCCCGUCUCACACUUCAGAAAAUAAAAUAAUCGUUUCAAAUUUCAGAAAAUGCGCCAAAAUCUGACAAUCGAACAAAUUCGUCCAUGGUGCAAAGCAGUGGCAGAUCGAGUUUUUCAAGAAAUGCCACCUUUAGAAUUUGGCGAUGUAAGCUCAUUUUUUAUUGAUAAUUAAAAUAAAACUGUAUUUUUUAGAUCGAUUUGAAAUUGACUUUGGAUUUCAGUGGUUUUAGCGAUGAAAUUUUGACAAAAGGACUCAAAAAAAUGAUGAUGGAUGAAUUGAUGGAAGAACUCACUGCAAAAACCUAA